CGCCGUAUCGUUCAGGUACGAACAGGUGUGAGUGUGGGUUAAUUACGGAUUUUGCUUCUGAUGAAUUGAAGGAAUCGGGAUUCGGUAAAGUAUGCGGGAACGAGAUUUAGUGGCGAUCCAACUGAACAGUGAGUAGAACGGAGGUUCGUCCUUGGAGAGGACUCCUUUCGCGAAGAUCAGCCGCGCGGAGGUCAACCGGUUCGACGGAAAGUGAGAGUGUACCUAACGGGACUGGAACUGGAAUGCCUUUGACUAGUACGAAGGAGUGAGGGCUCGUACAAGUGUUAUCCCUACCAAAGACGGAUAGUAAAAGCGACGGCAGCAUCCUCCCGAAGACGACACCGGUCGUCUGAGUGAAAAGCACGAAAUUGGGGAUCUGGAGCAAACGAAAGCGAAAGUGCAAGUGCAAGUGCCGUGUGGUGAGCGAACCAAUCCUGAAGACUUCCACCUCCAUACGCUCUCCGCGUGAGGUCGUAUUGGCUACGAGCCUCGAAUCGUCGCGCCAGUGGGCUAUCAGCCACCUUUGAAGACUUCAAAUCGCCGAAGAACCGCCCCGUACUCCCACCUUCGCCAGUUCUUCCAAGGGGGUGGAGGCGAUCGUGGUGUAUUGCGUGCACGGUUGAUCAACAAACCACCCGAACGAAGGCUCCAGCGAUCUUUCUCUCUCUCUCUUCGCGACAUUUCGACGCGACUCUCGCCGCACCUUACGAUCGCGCGAAACUCUCUUCUCCGCUCUCCGACCGAAGUGGGUUCGGGUGGUUCGGGUGGUGAUCGCGUGCGCGCCUGCUGUGGUCAGGUCAACAUAGGCCCCGACGGGAUCGCGAAGAUCGGCAGUGCUAUCAAAAGCUUUCCGGAUGCGAACCGCGAAGCUUCUCCUUUCGCAAACGUCGUCGCUGUCGUAGUCGCCGCCGUGACGGUUUCCUUGCUGAUCGUGUGUUCGACUGUUGAAGAAGAACUUGCGUCCCGUGUCGUACAGGUAGAAGACGAUUCCAUAAACGAAAUCGAAAGUUAUUCUCGCCGGACCAGUUCGACCAGUGGUGUCUUAGUUGUGUGUUGUGCGACAUAAAAGGAUUGUGAUCUGGAUUUUGGGUGAAGAACUUGUUCUCGCGGUGUUAUCGAUACGAGUUUUGUCAGCGAAAUCUUGCUCUUUCGCGAAUGAAGAUAAAAAGUGACCUCCAAGGGGCUGCCUCCUGAUAGCCAGUGAAGUGAGAGAACAAAGAACCGACCAACCGCGCACCAAGUGGAUUAACAUUGUGACUACGGUGAAGCGUCUUUCGUGCUGGAGGAGGAACAAGAUCAGCACCAGAGGGUCCUCGCACCUUCAACAGGUCUGGAAAACCAUUUCUGUCAUUAUCGCUGUUGUUGCCGUUUUCUUGUAUUUCGAUGUUGUGCCGCUUGAUUUCUCUCUUUAGUUCGUUGGUAGACGUAGUGCUUGGAGUGUGUGAAACUGGUCCCAUAUUUUAAGUUCGGCAUUCUUGAGUUCGUCCCUGCUUCUUGAUUUUAUUGAACCUCUCUGAAAACCAACUGAAACCCGAAGUCAAUCCAGAAAUCAUGAAGUUGCGGCACUGCUGCUUCACCGUGAAGAACCGUCUACAAACUACCGAUACGCCAGGACUACCAUUCUGGUAGCUGUUCAAAAGUGCGAUUACUCCCAAGUGGAAGCUCCCUUCCGAGUGCUCGCGGGUGGGUGCCCUAUAGAGAGUAAGUGUGUGUGUGCGAGAGAAGUGCGAACAGCCAGCGCCAAGGACAUGCGAACCCGCCUGGCUUCGUUGAUUGUUGUGAAGCAGGAACCACUGUCGGAUGCGGGAGACGAUUACUACGGGCUCGGUGCGAGUGAUUCUAGUGGUGGCAAUAAUGUACUGGUAGCAACGGAAACGGCAAGGACGACGACGACAACUGUGCAUGGAGUGAGCUCGGCCGGUGUGAAUGGUAACGGUUACCACGGUGGCCACAGUGGGUUUGAACAUCUGAAUAACAAUAACAAUCAUCAACAUCACCACCAUCGGCAACAGCAGCAUGUUGGGUUUGGUGGUGUUUUCUAUGGACGUGAACCGACGGCUAUCUACGGUGGUCAGGGGGAUCUGAACAACAACCAGCAGAACAUCGGAGCGGAUUUUCAGUUGUUUGACGAGAAAAAGUGUGCUCCACAACUUCUGUCGCAAGUUGUAACCUCACCGAGUGCCGUCCCGUCGUCGCCACCAGCCGUGCCGACGUCACCAGCCGCGAGGACCGUCGUCAGUGCGACAUCGCCUCCGAGCAGUAGUCAGCAUCCAGCAGUGGAAAAGAGCCUACUGGCACUUGGCGCAGAUCUCAGAAUCGCCGCAGCAGCUCAACAUUUGGUCAGUUCCGGUGGUUCCUCGUUAUUGCGGAAGGUCGCCGGAAACAGCUCGAGUGUCGGUGGUAGCAGUACAACCAGUGGUGGUAGCACGACCAGUGGGAGUAGUACCAGCAUGUUAUUGCUGCAACAUCAGGCCAGCUCUUUUAGUUCAGUUUCUUCGUUUGAUUAUUUGCUAUCACAGCAACAAAACCACCCGGAACAAUCGUACCAUCAGUUGGGUGCAUUUGGCCCGUCGCAGCAGCAGCCACUACAACAGCACCAAGAAUCACCACAUCAGCAGCUCUCUCCAGGACUUCUUCCCUCGUCCAGUCAACAUCAAUUGGACAAGUUCGUGGAACUCUUCAGCUCAUCGCAAUCGCAACCCGCCGAGGAGCCCAUCUCGUCCGAAUCGUACCUGGAUCAGACGCAACAUUCCAACAGUUCUAGCGAUACCUUGGUAGGACUCGAGGAGAACCCUUCCUUCGGUGGUUCCAACGAUAGCAUCCCAACGGCCAUUCUCAAGGCCACCUACAAGCAGGAGACCCUUACCGACCUUCAAGACCCUUUCAGUACGGGUACAUCCCGAUCACAAACCACUGAGCCCGAACAGGACUUGCUUCUAGAAACGUCGUCCACCGAAGAACUUGGACUGCUGACUCUCCGCUCCAGCAGCGAUCCAGUUCUCGCAAGCAGCGCACGUCAGCAACCUCAACCACCUCACCCACCACAGUUGAUCCAACAGCAAGUGCCACGACCUGGUCCAAGGCAGAUCUCUUCCACAGAAGUCCCCAGUGGCAGCGCCGCCAGCUCGCUACUACCCAGCUUCCAGGAAACCUACCCCAUCAAGUACAAUCAACUAGCCAGCUUCGGACUCAAGAUGGACGAAGACUGCUUUAAAAUAGCCGCAUCGCCACACCACCAAAGCGUAGGAUACGGUCACCACAGUUACGGUCACCACACCGCCGUUCACCAAACCCAUUACGAAUUCCCCCAACACACUACAGCUCCACCCACCCAAUACAGCAAUCCAUCCCCGGGAGGUAGUUUCUAUCCUACUCCGGCUUACGAGCAGCAUGCGGCGGUAAGUCAGCCCAGAAAUACAACACAAGUCAACAGCUCAACAGGUAUCUCCUUCCCACAGAGUUACGGUGCCGUCACUCCACAAGAUUCCUACUCCCUUCCGCCCUUUCCAACCAUCGCUGAACUGCAUGUGUCUACCACCUGCUACCGUCGAGCUUCUCUACCACUGCAGCGCUCGGAAUCCACGUCGAGCAGUGAAAGUCCCAAACCACCGCGAGUCGGCAUCUACAAAUACUCAGCUCUUCCAAGCGCGUCGAGCUCAGCCUCCAGCUCACCCGGCUACAUCAACAACAACAACCCAAAUACAGUGAACAACAAUGAAGUAGCCGCGGCGGCUGCUGCCGCGGUGGCCGCCGCUGCCGUAGUCGGCAGUGCCACUCCAGCCCCUCGAGGACCCACACCCCAAUGCCCUUCGCAGCUGUGUGCCGUCUGCGGAGAUACCGCCGCUUGCCAACACUACGGCGUCCGUACGUGCGAAGGAUGCAAAGGCUUCUUCAAGCGAACAGUACAAAAAGGCUCCAAAUACGUCUGUCUAGCGGACAAGGCCUGUCCCGUGGACAAGCGCCGACGAAACCGAUGCCAGUUCUGCCGAUUCCAAAAAUGUCUAGCCGUCGGUAUGGUCAAGGAAGUGGUUCGCACCGACUCCCUCAAAGGCCGCCGUGGCCGAUUACCCUCCAAGCCAAAAUCUCCACAAGAAUCGCCCCCAUCGCCUCCGGUAUCGAUGAUCACCGCCCUGGUGCGGGCCCACGUCGACACCACCCCAGAUCUCGCAAGUCUCGAUUACUGCCAGUACCGAGAGCCCGGUCAGAACGAACCCAUCAUUUCCGAAGCGGAAAAGGUGCAACAGUUCUACAACCUCCUAACCACCUCGGUGGACGUGAUCAAGCAGUUCGCCGACAAACUGCCCGGCUUCAGUGAUCUCAGCCCCGACGACCAGGAGCUCCUGUUCCAGUCGGCCUCGCUGGAACUGUUCGUCCUGCGUCUCUCGUACCGGGCCCGGAUCGACGACACCAAGAUGACCUUCUGCAACGGGGUCGUCCUGCACAAACUCCAGUGCCAGCGGUCGUUCGGCGACUGGCUCAACGCCAUCCUGGAGUUCAGCAAAAGCUUGCACUCGAUGGAGAUCGACAUCUCGGCGUUUGCGUGUCUCUGCGCGUUGACACUGGUGACAGAACGAUACGGCUUGCGGGAACCGAAGAAAGUCGAACUGCUUCAGAUGAAGAUCAUCAGCAGCCUGCGGGACCACGUGACAUACAACUCGGAAGCGCAGCGAAAGCCGCACUACUUCAACCGGCUGCUCGGAAAACUGCCCGAGCUGCGGUCGCUCAGCGUCCAGGGUCUGCAGCGGAUAUUCUACCUGAAGCUGGAAGACCUAGUGCCGGCGCCACCGUUGAUCGAGAACAUGUUUCUCGCCAGUUUGCCGUUCUAAGGUGGGCGAGUCAGAAGGAUGAUUAGCAGAUGGAAGGGGGAAGUGUAAGACAAGACUCCACAUCAGAUACAGUAGAUGCUUUACCAAUGAGUGCACGGUGAGUUAUGCUAUUGCAAGCAGGUCGUUGCAAGUGUGCAAUGGGGAGAUAUCCGUACUUUAGAGUGUAAGAAAUCUUCGUUAUGCGUAUUUUAGUGUGCUCGAGAGAGAGAGGCGUGAAAUCAAUAUCGUUUGGGAUAAGAAAAUUUCCUAAAUAAAUGUUCAAACCACUCAAACUCACACGGUGUGACACCUCCUCCUGCGUUAACGAACAAGUAAGGUUGUGUUCUGCGAUUGAUCACUCGGUUACUGACUGAAUGAAUUUCAGGUGAAACAGUGAUGGUUACCAAAGCAAGGAUGUAUAUCCAAAGCCCAAAUGGAAUUUUUACGCUCCGAAAGCCUGAGAUUUAGAAAUUAUAUUGUUUAUGCUUUCUGCAUCAUCAGGACACUCGUUUUUUACUGAUGCUUAAAGUAAUGAAACAAUGCAUUAUUUCACUCGUUAGUUUUUUUUAUCACUCGUAUGGACUAAUCCACCGAUGAAUCGAAUUUACUCGGAACGAGAAUUUUGACACUAGAGAGGGCCAUUUCCAAUCAGAAUCGUCCAUAGUCCAUAGACCAGGGAAGUUGGUUCACCUCGAAUGAACCAAACGUUAAAUCUACAUUUUCUUUUCAUAGGCUAGAAGAGUUGGAUGAAUGUGGAUUGAUUUAACGAAGAGAUAAAGUAGAUUCUUCAUAUAAAAAAUGCAAAAGUCACAGUUGCUUCACCCUCAUUUACGCUAGGUGAACCAAUUCCUCUGGCCUAUUGAAGCUUACGGAAGAAAUGGUUGAUUUUGACGUUUGGUGUACAUACCUAUUACAUUUACGCCGAUAAUUUAUCAAAACAUGACAUAUGAUGAUGAUGAAUGUUCAUAUAAAAAAAUGUUUUUCGAAUGAAACUCACCAUUCCUUCGUCAAUUAUUUCGACGAUUGUGAAUUCCUAUGGAUUUGAUUCGGGAAUUUCUGUGGGAAUUCAUUCGGUAAUGCGAUUGAAAAUUAGUUUAGGUAAUUUAUUUAUUAAUUGAUUCGGUCAUUCCUGUAAAUACUUCCUUAACGAUUCCUUUGAGAAAAUCCUUCGGUAAUUUCUUAAACAUUUGUUAUUUAACAAUUCCUUUGCGAAUUUCUUUAGUAAUACCUUUGGAAUUUUUGCAAUUUCUUUGGAAAUUUUUCGUAAAGAUUUUCGUGAAGAAAUUUCGUUGGCAAUUCUUUUGGAACUCCUUCGUUAAUUUCUUUGGGAAUGUCUUUGGCGAAUUUGUUCCGCAAUAACUUUGGGAUUUUUUUUUAAUUAAAAGACAAUUCUCUGUAAUUUUUUGAUUAUUUUUUCGAAAAUACGAAACAAAUCGAUAACGAUUUCUCGGCAAAUUCUAGAGGAAUAAUUUUGGUACAAUUCAGCUUUGUAAUUUUUUACUGAUGCCUUUGAAAUUGAUUUUUUUUUCGACUAUUUUAUUGAGAUUUCUUCUGAAAUCCUCUUGUAUCUGAAUGUAUUUAUAUUUAUUCUACCAGAAAGUGCUUCAAUAACUGCUUUAAAAAUUCCUUCGGCUUUUUUUACCUUUCUAACAUUUUUUGUGACUUGCUUUGAAAAUUCUAUUAAAAUAACUCGGGAAUUCCUUUGAGAACCUCUUCGGCAAUUUCUUCAUUAGUUUCUACGGCAAUUUAUAUGAAAAAUCCUUUAGAAAUUCUUCUUAAAUUUUCUUAGAAAAAUGCAAGGGGCCGACACAAGUUGUCCCAAGCCGAAAUAUCCCAAAAAAAAAGAUGAAAAACCCCGCAGAAGCUUUGCCGUCUUUUCAGUGGAUAUGCGGACUUUUCGUGGGAUAUUCCGACUAUUUUGGUGCGCGAAAACUUGUGUCGCCCCCUCUUCCCUCGAAAAUUGUAUAGGAAGGUUUUACGACAAUUGAAUUGCCGAGAAAACAUCCACUGGAGUUGCCGAACAAACUUCAAUAGAAUUUCCGCAAGAAUUUACAAAGAAAAAUCUGAAGGACUCCUCAAUGGAGUUACUGAAGGAACUGUCAAGCUAUUUUCGGAAAUCACUCAAAGGGGCUUUUCCCUCUUGCAAAUGAUUAGUUCAAAACAGAUAAAUAAUAAGUUUAUUAAAAAAAAUCUUAAAACAGCUGAGAGAUAUAUGCAUGAGAUAUUUUCAAAGGAGUUGCAUAUGAAGUUCCUAAAGAAAUUUUCGAGACAAGUUCCAAAGAAAUUGCCGAAGUCAUCCCAUCCCAAAGAAACUGCCGCAGGAAUUCUCAGAAGCAUAACUGAAAAAUUCACGAAGAAAUCUUCUAAAGACUUUAUAGAAAUUGCAGAAGACAUUUACGAAAAAAAAAUGUGAAUUCUUUCUGCAAUAAAUGUUCCAAGGAAUUGCCAAAAAAAAAUAUAUAUAUAAAAGAAAUUGUCGAUGAGACUCUGUGUGGCAUUGAUAAAGAAAUUUCCAAAGGAAUUACGGAAAAAAUGUCUAACAACAUGCUGAGGGAAUCCCAAACAAAUUGCCGAAAGAAAUGGCGAAAAAUUUCUCAGAGUCGUUGCCAAAUUGAUUACCAAAGGCAUUACCGGAAGAAUUCUCAAUGGGAUAUCCAGAGGGCUUGCUGGGACAAAAAUACCUUAAAUAAAUAUCUGCUGAAGCAAUACCCAAAACAAAUGCUUGAGAAAUUCCUAAAAUGAUUGGCGAAGGAACUCCCGCAACAACUUUCGAAGAGAUAACAACUCUAAAAUGAUUACCAAAUUAAUUCAUAAAAGAGUUUUCGAAGCAGUUUCCGGAGGAAUUAUCGAUGAAAUUUUUCCAAAGAUUUUUUGAAGAAAUUUCCUAAGAAAUUCUCAUUUUCGCUUAUAUUUCCAAAAACGUUAGUGAGGGAUUUCCGUCAGGAAUAGCCGAAGAAAUUCUUAAAUAAAUUGUCUAACAAAUUGCGAAGGCAUUUCCGAUUUAAUUUCCUCAGAAAUUUUCCAAAGAAAUUGCCAAAGGAAAUGAAUUUCCGAAAAUUGAUUAAUAAACUUUAGAAAGAAUUCUCUCAAGAUUUCCAAACAAUUGGAACGACCAGUAAAAUAAUUUACAGGUCACGAAAAUUUAGAAAAUUUCAUUACGAAUAUUCCAUUUCUAUGAAUUAACCGUUUAGCAGUACAUAUGAUUGUCUUCAGUUUACAAUAAUUUUUACAUUAAAUAUUGAGUUCGAUUCAAAAAAUGUAUUAUUUUUGUUUUGUGCUUUCGAAUAGCUGUGAAGAUAAUCAGGAUUUUUGUAUGAAUGUUCACCAUCAAGCAAAGCAUGUUUCUUGAAAUUGUAAAUUUCAAUAGUGCAAUUUCUAUCACACAAUAAAAUUUAAUUGUUUAAUAGUGCAAUAUCACACAAUAAAAUUAAACAAACUUUCAAGUUAGUAGCAUUUGUUUAACGUGGACCGCGCUGUGGUGCCAAAAUUCGCUGAGUUAGUGAACUCGCAUCUGGCGAUGAAGUGCAUCGCUGUGGUGUCAAAAUUCUUCAGGCUAGUGAACUCAAAGUUCUUCAGUGCACUCGUCUAUUGAUAUACUAUGGACUU